GUGAUCAUCUGAUGUCCAUGUUCGACAGCAAGCCUGCUCUAUUGAAGCAAAUGCUUCAGGAUUUGAAGGGGCGAUUGGAACGCUUGGUGCCUGCAAUGGUCUUCGAGCAGAGAGCAGCAGCAACAACUGUUCCUGCGGAUUGUGGAGAUGGCAACACAGGGGAGGUGAUUUUGCAGCCUUGGCACUUGCCUUUCUCACCAGAGUGCUCAGUGAAGGGUCGGAGCAAGAUGAUCUUCGUUCUUCGCUUGUACAAGGAGUUUUGUGAGCGUCCAUUCGAUAGCAUAUCAAACCCAAUCCAGGUGUCCUUCAUGGGGUUGAUGCCAGGAGGGGUGCUUCCUGAUUUCUCCUUGAAGGUGACCGUUGGCUACACAAAGUGUUUGGCCUUGAUGCUUCUGCUGUACUCAGCCAUCAAUUCCAAUCUCUCUGAUGAAGAAAUCAUCUUGGUCACACCAUGGCUCAGAGCUUUGUAUGGUAUCCGGUGCACCUUUCGAGAUCAUCAAACCAUGAAGGAAUGUCGAUUCUCUGCUCUUGCAGAGAAGAUGUCAGAGGCUUCAAGGCCCCGUCCAGACUGCAUCCAGAUCGCACGGGCAUUCCAUGCAACUUUGGCCGACUCAGGUACAAGUUGGGAAGAAGGAUGCAAGACUAUCAUGGCCGAGUUCAAUGAGCGAAGUGGUCUUGAGACAAAGAGGCUCUCAGAGCUGGAGAUGAACAUCAUUGCCCUUUUCUGCACAUUAGAUCCGGAAACACAAUCGCUCAUCGAGUACCAUUGGUCGAACUACAGUGCCAAGAACAGUGGUUUGCCAUAUCGAACCCUGGGGACCGAGUUGCUGAGGGGAGGGCUCAAGCCCCGUGUUGCUUCACCACUGUGGACAGAGAUCUUGACACCUGACAACAACAAGAGACAUUUCUAUGUGGCCCGCCGGGUGAGGUAUUUCCUGCAUCGCAUAGCAGAUGCCCAGCGCCUCAAGAAGAGAGUGAAUUUGCAUACUGGUGCGAAUGCUCUGAGGGAUCCCAAGGAUGAAGAGUGUGCUUAUGCCAUGUCUUGCCUGUUCUCCCACUUUCUGAAUGGAUGGAGGCAAGUGCUGACAGCAGACCAAGUUGACACCCUUGAGGCAAAAUUCCUGCGAGGCUACCUGGAUACAGAGUUGAAUGAAAAGUAUCGGGUCCAGGCUCCAGAUCUUUGCGCUGGAGACUUCCGCUUCUUGCAGGAUUUUGGUGUGCAAGGUGCUGUCACCAUCUCAGUGAGUGAGAACGAGGCUGCUUUGAAGCUCCAAAAGGCUGAGCUGGAUAUGCAGCUGGCCAAGCUGGCACAUCAGGCUGAUCGGCAGAAGGAGACCCAGCGAAAGAAUGUGACCUCAUAUCAGGAGAGUCGGUUCCCUUUGCGGGACCUGAGUGAAGUUAGUCAUGUGGCAACGUUCGUAGAGAGUGCUGUGAACAAGUAUCAGAAUGAAAACUCCUUGGGUGGCCCGGUCUUCAAGGUGUACUACAUGAACACUCAAGGCCUUGGAUAUGAUGCAUUGGUGGAAACAACAGCUGCCAUCAAGGCCUUGUCAGGUCAUGUUGCGGCUGAGCCUGCAAGGACAUGCAUGUUGAUCUCUGCCCCAACAGUUGGAAGCUUUGGCAAUGAGUAUUCAGAGGGCGAUGCGUUGGAGACUGCUGGCAAGAUACUUCAGAUCCUGAAAGAUCCAGAUCAAAGGUUGAUUGUGAAGGAGAUCACACAGUGCUUCGACCAGUCCACAAUCCCUGCUCAGUCCAAGCGACCAGCUUGCCACAAGUGGUAUUUGGCCAUCAGUGACCAAUGCGAUACUGGUUUGGCUACCCAUGAACCAUUGUCGCUAUUUGCCCGCACUUUCAUCUGGAAGCGUCAGAUGGUGCCAUGCAAGGGAGAUAGGAUGAUUCCAAUGCUGCCUGUGAAGUCCUACGUUGAUCCGAAGCGUGAUUUCUCCACAGCUGUGGUGGAUGUCUUUGGCUAUGACCACUCAUGUGCAGAGGCAGUCAUGAGGAAAUCUGCAGAGGCACCACACUACAUGUAUGUGGGCACUGUCUUUGCUAGCAUGAAUACCAGGGACGACUCCAGACAAAGGGGCAAUGCGGCCAAUGACCAUCGGCAGGAGAACAUCAAGAUUGCAAAGUGGAUGAUCAAUGCUAUCAAGCGUCGCAUCCAAAACUUGGCGCAGGAAGGUGUGAUUGUGGUACCAGGCUGGGAGUCCAUCACUGCAUAUGAAGAGUCAAGGGCCACGCCUUCAAUCUCAGAGCGUGAUUUCCGGCUGACCUUUCCAUCCGCAAAUGGGACCUUGGCUCUUCGGGCGGAUGUCCUUACGGAAAUGGCUGAGAAAUUUAGCAAUGAGGAUGUGAGAAAGGAAUGGGACAUGGUGGUCGAGCAGCACAACCAAGCCUUCAAUCAGAGUGGAAAAGCAUAUGAAGGUGAAACUAUGAUGGCCGUUGAUGACAAGAAUGAUGGUGGUGCACACCAAGCCAAGCGCAAACUCAGUUCCAUCUCUGAGGACUUGGAGUCCUUGAAGAAGAAGCAAAAGUGCUGUGUGAUUCCUCAGAGUGCAGGUGGCAACUUGAUCAUUGGAGCAAAUGGCAUGGUCUGGUUCCAGGCUGGACAAGAGAAGGACGCAGUACUGUCAUCCCAGGGCCCUCCCUUGUGCCUUGUGUAUGGUGCCUUCAAGAUUGCUGAGGAAGCCCAAAAAGCAAUGGAAGACUCCAAGAAUGCUUCUUUCAAGGUCGGCUUCGAAGAUGAUGGUGUGAAAGCGUUCAUCCGGAAGUCCGAUGAUGAGUCCAGUGGAAAGACCUUGAUUUCUCUUCGAGCAUUCCUCCAGUCACUGGAGCAGGAGAACAAGGACAUCACCCAGCUGGACAUUGCGUGCCACUCUGUGGAGCCAGGCAACCAGGUGGAUUCAGCAGGUGAUUUGGUGGCUCGCACCUACACAGUAGAGCCAUCCCUGUGUGUGUUUACACCACUUGCAACACCACGGAAAAUGGGGUCUUCAAAGCCACCUGGCUUUGAAGAUGCAGGAUCGUUCAUCAAGAAAUUUCCAGAAGGCUCUUUGAUCCAGAUGAUGCAAAGGUGGGUCAUGGCAGUAUCAGAACAGGGCUGGUCGAUGACACCGGAGAAGCCAGGUAUAGUGCCCACCAGCAACCUCAUCAUUGAAGCUGGGAAGAUCGCAGAGCUGGCCGGCAACUGA